AUAUUGUCAAAUUCUCUUUCGUACAUAGGAACUGCGAAAUGUGAAAUACUACUAAAGGCUCGAAAUAUCUUGGAUUUAUAUCAUUCCACAACCCACACAAGUGCAGUGAUAUGAUUAUAGACUCUUUACAAAUAUAUUAAGUUGAUAUAAAUCCCCACGAUGGAUCAAGACGAUGAAAUAAAAUCUGGUUGUUUAUUAUUUCCUCCAGCCGGAGGGAACAUGUUCAGUAAAUUCCCUAAAAAGAAAAAUUGGCAGCAAAAGUACUGUAUACUCUUCAACGCUAGUAUACAAGGUAUUGAAAGACUAGAGAUAUAUGACAAUAAAGAAGAUGUUACUUCUGGGGCCAUCCCAAAAGUUAUAACACUUGAAAAUUGUAUAAAAAUAACACAUUCUAGUCCAAACAUGAUAACUAUUCUGGCUAAGUCUAAUACUCAACAAAUAAGUACUCAGUCUGAGUCAGAAACUCUAGAAUGGGUGACAGCUCUCCAGUCUGUAGCAUUUAAGGGAAGAGACUCCAGUCCCAUCAGUUGUGAUGAAGACAAUGAUCUAUACUGUUCAUCUGGAGAGGGAGUUUUUUCUGUAAAAAUGUGCACCUCGGAAGCUUCAACUAGAUGUGGAUUCGAACCUAUUCGGUACCUCCUGUUGUUGACUGCUACAGCAAUUGAACUGAGAGAUGUCAAUGACAACAAAUUAUAUGCCACAUGGCCAUACAGAUACAUAAGACGUUAUGGUUACAGACAGGGUAAAUUUACUUUUGAGGCAGGCAGAAAAUGUGAUACGGGAGAGGGAAUCUUCCACCUUGAGCAUCCCAAUCAGUCAGAAAUAUUCAAAUGUUUGUCUUUAAAAAUGAAAACAAUGAAACAAAUGAUUGGAAAUGAUAACCUUAACAGUCCAGAACAUGCAGAGUUCAAUAUUCAGCCUAAUGCUAAUCUCUUUCCUGGAUCAAGGAGUCCACUAGUGGCAGCCAAACCUGAUGAUCUGAACUUAAGUUCUCUUUCUUUUAAAACAGCCUCAGUAUCUAGCCACCAGACUACUAGUACAGAUAGAGAUAAUGUACCACUUCUAAUGCCUAAGCCAGCUCUGAAGCCCAAACCCCAGAAACCUCCUCGCAAAAUCAUUAGCCUCCAUAAACCUGUAAGCAAAGAUCUCUCUAGUUCAACAGAUGAAAGUGUUGAUUUUGGUAGGUAUAAAAAGCUUGAUAAUUAUGAACCAAUUGAGCAAAUAAAACGUGACCAUAGUCCCCCUUCAGUGCCAUACGAUAAAGUUGAAGUAAGAAGUGAAGCUUGGAAGACUUUGGGUAUUGAUGACCCUGACCAUAUUGAGUACACCCCUAAUUUGGGUGAUAAUCCCAACUGCAUGAAACUAAUAUCAAGAUCACAGGAUAAUUUAAACAUAACAGGGCCUGAUGCAUCAAGGAUUAUCCUUUUACCCAGUCCUGUAGUCGACCCAGAAGAUGAGAACUAUGACAGAUUACAAUAUUUUGGGUCCACAAGCAAAUUGAAUAAGUCUUCAAAGUACAAGAAAAUCGAAGCCCGACCCAACACAUUAGCUCUUGGUGAGCCUAAGAAUAAAGACACAUGGAAUGAUUAUGAUGAAGUUGAAAAUGUUAUGCAAACCGCCAGGUUGGCAGAUGACUCUCAUUUAGGAUAUGGCAUGAUAAGGAAACCUAACACACCUGGCCCACAGGUGCCCACUGCAGCUCAAGCUCAGGCACUUCAAAACCAAGUGGGGUUGGUAGAUAUUACCCAUAAUACUUGCAAUGGUACAGAUUAUGCAAUUGUAAGCCGUCCAAAAAGAGUCUAAUCUAAUCUAAUAGUAGUUGUUCUGUUCCACCUAUGCUUUAAUGAAAUUCCCAAGUACUUUUUUAAAAUUUAUAUUUUUAUUGAAGAUCCUGCAGGAUAAAAUCUGCAUCUUUUACACUACAGCACUUAGAUUAUUAAUCAAGGUGCAGAGCACUAGCUGCAAGAGACAUGCAGGUUCAAAUUCCAACAAUUCUGUAAUUUUGGUGCAUAUUUAUAAAUGUAUGUAUGUGUAAUCAAAUAUACAUAUGUUUAUAAUAAGAUUAGAUUUAAAGACUGAAAGAGAGAUUCAAUGAAAGUGUUCACUAUUUUAACCAAUAUUACGAGAACUUUUUUGUGAAUCACCUAAAAUAUUAUGAAUGUGAGCAACAUUUUGUAGCAUAAAUAUUUUUUUAUUAAAACAAGAAUAAGUAUACUGCCAAGUUAAAUAAAAACACAAAAAAGGCAGACGACGCGACGUCCACAGUUCCAUGUUAUAGUUACAUUCCCAAGUAUAGAAAUUAUACUAUACUUAUCACUCUUGUGUUAUACUUACUUGCGAUUUUCGCUAAUUUACUUUCAGUUAUUGUUUCAGAUAAAGUAGUGUCUGUUUUGCAGAAUAAAUAAAUAAAUCAUUAUAUUACCUCAAAUUAUAUUUGGAAAGUUAAUCAGACAUGAUUACUAAACCAGCAGUGUUUCCCAAACAGAGAACAUAUCUGAGAAAAUGUAUUUCAGGCUAAGUAUUUUAUCUAAAUCAAUAUAAAAAAAUAUUGUAUUAAUGUUUAUAAUGAUUGUUAAAACAACUUUAAAGUAUUAUUAAUACCUAAAAUUUAAGACUUGUCUUAGCAUUCCCAUUUUGAUGUUUAUUUUGUAUAUUAUGUUGAAGAUCUGUAUGAUGUAAGUGAUUAGUAUUAUAAUGUAUUUUAUACACAAUUUAUAGAGAUUAAUUCAAUAAUAUUUAAUUUACAUGUGAUUAAAUAGUGCCUUAUAUUUACUGAAGUAUGUGUCAAAUAUUCAAAGUAGUUUUAUGAUGACUUAAAAUUAUGUCAAAUUUUGUGUACUAAAUGAUAGUCAAUAUGUUUGAUUACCUGAAGCAUAAGUUAAACUAUACGCUAACUACAAGGAGUAAUUAAAGAACAUACACAGGAUUCAACUGGAGGUCAGAAAUAGUUCAAUUUGAUUGCCUAGGGUGGUAAUGUCCAUAUAUUUUGCAGUAGAAAUCAUCCAAUCCUUGCCUUAAUGAAAUUGAGUUUCGCCAGUGCGAAAUUUCUGCCAUUCAUUCAUACAGUGUACAACAUGCAUGUAAGUUGUCUUAAAACAGUUAUUUAGGGCAAGUCUAAAUAUCCAUUCGGAUUUCAAAACAAGUACUACACAUGAAUAUAGAUUUAAAUAUACUUAUAAUUAAUUAUUUAGGUAGUUAUUCUCUAUGAAGUUUACCAUAUGGUGCCAAUUUAAGUACAAUAAAUAAUUAUUUUAUACAGCACAAAUCUGUCUUUAUGCAAAUGAACGUUAUGUAUGUACACUUCCAUAUUUAAGUGUAUAAAAUUGCUCUGUUACUUAUAUUCUAAAUAGUCUGCUCAUAUUAUUUUAGUAGAGGAGCCAUAUAAAAAAAUAAAGCCAUGUAAUCCUUU